CAUAUUCUGCGCCCUCAGAUAAAAAGGGGAAAAAUAGUUGCAGAAAGUACUGGAGUGAUAUCUUGACCACAACUUUUGUCUGUUUGUGCACACUGCUAUCAGUUUGUCCUUUUAAACGGAGCGCCCAAUAUUUUGUGCAUUAGCUGGCGGACGAUUGUACCAAGGUGUCAUCUUUCAGUUUCCAAGCUACACUUUGCUUUUUGCAGAAUGAGCGCACAGCAACUUAUGAAGGUGUUCGUAACGAGGCGAAUUCCUCAGGAAGGGAUGAAGAUUCUUCGACAAGCUGGAAUGUGUAACCUCUCUGUGUGGGACUCUGAUGAGCCAGUGCCUCGCGCAGAACUUCUGAAGGGCGUGACAGGUGCACACGGCCUUGUCUGUCUUCUGUCAGACAAAAUUGAUACAGAGGUUCUAGAUGCUGCAGGCCCCAACUUGAAGGUGAUCAGCACCAUGUCCGUGGGAUUUGAUCACCUGGCUAUAGAUGAAAUCAAGAAACGUGGGAUACGAGUUGGCUACACUCCAGAUGUUUUAACUGAUGCCACAGCUGAACUUACCGUUGCUCUGCUGCUGGCCACCGCCCGCCGACUGCCAGAAGGUGUGCUGGAGGUCAAAAAUGGAGGCUGGAGCACCUGGAAACCCCUAUGGCUGUGUGGAUACGGUUUAUCAGGCUCAACCGUGGGAGUCAUCGGACUAGGCCGCAUAGGCCUGGCCAUAGCCAAACGUCUGAUGCCCUUUGGGGUGAAGCGGCUGCUGUACACCGGCAGAGGGGCCAAGCCAGAGGCCAAGGAGGUGGACGGACAAUUUGUGCCUUUGGACACGUUGGCGUCUGAGAGUGACUUCAUCGUCGUGUCAUGUUCCUUCACCCCGGAUACACAAGGCCUGUGUAACAAAGCCUUCUUCAGCAAGAUGAAGAAGUCUGCUGUCUUCAUCAACACCAGUAGAGGCGCUGUGGUGAAUCAGGAGGACCUAUACGAGGCGCUGUCUGGUGGGACUAUUGCUGCAGCUGGCCUGGACGUCACCACACCUGAGCCUUUACCCACUGAUCACCCCUUACUCACCCUCAGCAACUGCGUCGUACUGCCCCAUAUUGGGAGUGCCACUUAUGCCACCCGUGGUAUCAUGGCGGAACUGACUGCCAACAACCUACUGUCUGGACUCACGGGUGAUGCCAUGCCAACUGAACUGAAGAUCUAGUCUGACUGGUGUGUUCUGUGCACAAGGGCAUUAACAAGUAUUUUGCCCUUUGCUAGGGCAAACUGUAGCACAAGGGAUGGGGAACCUUUUUAAUUUGAGGGGCAAAUUCAAAUUCCUCCAAGGGCCAUAACAGUCCUCCAAGGGCCAUGCUAUGAACACAAACCAGGAUUUCCCCCUGCACUUCAGGCCUAUAUUGAAAGCAGCCCCUUUAAAUAGACCCCACCUUCUCUAGAUCCCCUGAAAAUUGCUAACGUAAUUUCUAAUAUUCUUUUACAAAAUGUCAUAUUUCAUGUGAUGCUGCAUGACAUUAAAAUGACACUAGGGGCCAGAUAAAAUGGCCUCAAGGGCUAUAAAAGGCCUUUGAGACAUAGGUUCCCCACCCCUGCUGCACAUCAGCUAGUUCACUUGGGACCUGGAUACCAGGGUCUGUCUAGAUAUAUCUUUUGGAAAGAUGCCAACGCUUUAAUUAAUAUAUUGAACUAAUGUAGAAAUUAAACCCAAGGCCUUAUGUGUUGUUUAUUCCCCAAUAGCCAGCAGUGUUAUUGUCAUUUCUUAAUGGAAUGAAUGUUCCGCUGUCUGUAUUCCAUCCUUACAUGAAUUUCUGUUCCUACUGUGAUGACUACAAGGGAGCAUAUGUGCAUAUUGUCUCUUAACUGUGGACUGAGCCUUACUUAUUGCUUGAAGAACUCCUAGAGAUGAGGCAGCUGCACCAACACCACUCCAUGUACCAAUGUUCACUCCUUCUCUCAUGUACUGCUUUUUUUUAGUGGUGAAUUAAAUGCAUUAGAAACCCCUGCAACUCUGGUUUCCUCAUGUAGUAACAAUAAGAAGUUGGUGUCAUGUAUCGAGGCAGUGUCAGACAUGUGCAUACUCAUCAUGGCCAAAAAAAAGUUGCCACCAAGACAAAGAUCAAACACACUAAUAUGUUUUUGUACAGUCUUAAGCUUUGAUUAUGAUGCAUAUUUGGCGUUGUGUUGUUUCAAUAAACAUCCGCAAUAUCUGGAUUUGUUACCUUC